AUGUCAAAUCAGAAACUAGAUCUGUCUGACACCUCUACUCCACCCCCUAGAGAUGUCCACCAAGAAGUCAUCAAGACAUCUUCCAUCUCAGAGUCUCAAGAGGAAGGCACCAUCACAGACGAAGGCAGAUAUCCCAACAGUGGCGAUGACAAUAUGUUUGUUGGAAAUGGUGAUUUUGGUGAAAUAGAAAGAGACGACAUCAAUGUGGAAGCUGCGAUUGGUGAGUUUCAUGAACUACAGAAAGAGUUGUCUCAUAUCAGCCGUCGUUCCUCUGGCAUGUCGCCUGAAAAAUUAGAACAAGGCGAAGCUAGUGAGAACGACUUCAACUUGAGCAACUUUUUGCAUGGCAUGUCUGACGAUCGUAAGGAGGCUGGCCAUCAAUUGAAGCAUCUGGGUGUCAUCUGGAAGGAUCUAUCGGUCGAGGGAUUAGGCGCUGAAGCCUUUACUAUACCUACCGUCAUCAGUGGCUUACUCAAGAACAUCCAAUUCUGGAAAAGAUUUGGUGUUGGAGCCAAGCAGCCUAAAAAAGUGAUUUUGAAGAAUCUGUCUGGAUUCUGUAAAGAUCAAGAAAUGCUUCUUCUGCUCGGAAGACCUGGAUCAGGAUGUACUACCUUGCUGCGUAUCAUCUCCAACAUGCGAAGCUCGUUUACCGAUAUCAAGGGAACUGUGAGCUAUGGCGGAUUCGAUCAUGAUACAUUUGCAAAGUAUUUCCAUGGUCAGACUUGCUAUAACUCGGAGGAAGAUCAACAUUACCCCACACUCACAACUAAACAGACACUGCAAUUCGCACUACGUACAAAGACACCAGGCACACGUCUACCCAAUGAAUCCAAAAAGGAGUUUAUCAACAAGAUUUUGUAUAUGCUGGGCAAUAUGCUGGGACUGACAAAGCAGAUGGACACCAUGGUAGGAAACCCCUUCUUCCGUGGGUUAUCAGGUGGUGAAAGAAAGCGACUCUCCAUUGCAGAGCAAAUGACGACACAAAGCACCAUCAAUUGUUGGGAUUGCUCAACACGAGGCUUGGAUGCUGCGUCUGCCCUGGAUUUUGUUAGAUCGCUCCGCAUCAUGACAGAUGUCUUUAAGAAGACCACAGUGGCUACAUUGUAUCAAGCUUCCAACAGCAUAUUCAAUCUGUUUGACAAGGUGAUACUCUUAGAUGAUGGCUACUGUCUGUACUUUGGUCCGGUUGCGUCUGCCAAGCAGUACUUUGAAGACCUUGGCUUCUAUUGUCCUCCUCGCAAAUCAACACCUGAUUUCCUGACUGGUAUCUGUAACCCAUUGGAGCGUGAAAUCAGAGAAGGCUACGAAGACAAAGUGCCGGUGUGCGGCGAGCAAUUUCAGUCUGUGUUCUACGCCUCGCCCAUGUACCAAGCCAUGAUGCAAGAACUGCAAGCAUACCAAGAGCUGAUAGAAAAGGAACGACCCUCAGAGACGUUCAAAGAGGCCAUGAAUCAAGAGCAUCAAAAGCGUGCUUCCAAUCGAUCCCCGUUCAUUGCCUCCUUUUACCAACAAGUCAAGGCACUCACUAUCCGACAAUACCAUCUCCUGAUUAAAGACAUGCCAGCACUGAUCUCUCGUUAUGGUACCAUCUUGAUUCAAUCUCUGAUUACAGCUUCUUGCUUUUACAACCUGCCAAAAGAUGGAAGCAGUGCGUUUUCGAGAGCUGGCGCAGUUUUCUUCAGCGUAUUAUUCAAUGCGCUAGUAUCACAGACCGAGCUGGUGAAUUUCCUAAUGGGCCGGCCUAUAUUGGAGAAACACAAGCAGUAUGCACUUUAUCGACCCUCUGCAUUCUAUAUUGCUCAGGUGGUCAUGGAUAUUCCGUACGCACUUGUUCAAGUGCUGUUGUUUGAAUUAUGUGCUUACUUCUUGAUGGGCCUUAAUUUAAGCGCUGGCAGAUUCUUUACCUUCUUUAUUACGUUAUUCUUUGUCAAUAUGUGCAUGAAUGGCUUCUUCAGAAUGUUUGGUGCCAUCACAUCCAGCUUCUUUUUUGCUACUCAAUUUGCUGGCGUCGUCUUUAUCUCAACCAUCACUUACUGUGGCUACGUGAUCCCGUAUCCUGACAUGCAUCCUUGGUUGUACUGGAUCUACUGGAUCAGUCCUAUCGCUUAUGGCUACAAGACACUGCUGAUUAACGAGAUGAAGGGCCAAGAAUACUCGUGUGAAGGUGCUGGCAACUCGGUGCCGUAUGGUCCAGGCUAUGACCUCUGGGACUACAAGGUGUGCACCAUGACAGGCGGUCAUCCUGGACAGAAUUUUGUGCUUGGUGACGAUUACCUGAUUACCAAGCUUCAGUGGGAUGCGAGACAUUUAUGGGCACCUGACUUUGUUGCUGUGGUAGGCUUCUUUCUGCUGUUUACUGUGCUUACUGCUUUGGCCAUGGAAUUCCGUGCUGUCAACAAGAUUGGCUCUCUCACAAAGCUCUAUGUCCCAGGCAAGGCUCCCAAGGCUCGUUCACAAGAGGAAAUCGUAGACCAGCGUCGCAAGCAAGCAAAUAAAGUCGAGACCAUGGAGCAAAUCUCUAAUGGCACUACGUUUUCAUGGCAAAAUGUCAACUAUUCAGUGCCCAUCAAAGGCGGCGAACUCCAACUGUUGAAUUCCAUCUCUGGCGUCGUCAGGCCGGGUAACCUGACAGCGCUAAUGGGCUCCUCUGGUGCUGGUAAAACUACUCUUUUGGAUGUACUGGCCAAGCGCAAGACCAUUGGUAAGGUGGAUGGCCGCCUUUAUCUCAAUGGUGAAGCCUUGAUCAAUGAUUUUGAGCGUAUUACUGGCUACUGUGAGCAAAUGGAUAUUCAUCAGCCAGCAGUUACUGUGCGCGAAGCUCUCCAAUUCUCUGCUAAUCUGCGUCAACCCUAUGACACACCUCAACACGAAAAGGACAGCUAUGUUGAACAGAUCAUUCAUUUGCUUGAAAUGGAAGACAUUGCUGAUGCUCAAGUGGGAGAAGUGGAUCACGGCUUUGGUAUCUCUGUGGAAGAGCGCAAACGUUUGACUAUUGGCAUGGAGCUAGUAGGUAAGCCUCAGUUGCUGUUCUUGGAUGAGCCUACGUCUGGUCUGGAUGCUCAGUCCUCUUUCAACAUUAUUCGCUUCAUUCGUAAAUUGGCGGAUGCUGGCUGGCCUGUGCUUUGUACCAUUCAUCAACCCUCUGCCAUCUUGUUUGAUCACUUUGACCAUCUGUUGCUUCUUGUGCGUGGAGGACGUACUGCUUACCAUGGCGAGAUUGGUGAAGAUGCUCGUAUCAUGAUUGACUAUUUUGAAAAGAAUGGUGGUCCCAAGUGUUCGCCUGCUGCUAAUCCUGCUGAAUAUAUCCUGGAGGUGGUUGGUGCUGGUACGGCGGGUAAAGCCAAGCAAGACUGGGCCGAGGUAUGGGAGCACUCACAGGAAGCCAAGCAGUUGGAGCAAGAGCUUGAGUCAGUACACCAAAAUGCGGACCAAAACCCUCAGAGACAUGCACUCACCUAUGCCACACCCAUGUGGACUCAAUUCUGGCUUGUUCAUAAGCGCAUGGCUUUGGCUUACUGGCGAUCACCCGAUUACAACAUUGGCCGUUUUACUACCAUUAUGUUUACCUCUUUGCUCACUGGUUUUACCUACUGGAAGCUGGGAAACAGUGUUUCUGACUUGCAGAGUCGCUUGUUUGCUCUGUUCUCGUCCUUUUUGAUGGCCAAUAUCCUCAUCAUUCUUGCACAGCCCAAAUUUAUGACAGAACGUCUGUAUUUCCGCAGAGAGUACGCGUCUCGCUUUUAUGGCUGGAUACCGUUUACCAUUUCGGUCAUUCUGGUUGAAAUCCCCUAUAUCCUAUUCUUGGCAGCCUUCUUUAUGUUUGGCUUUUACUGGACUGCAGGCUUGACAAACACUUCGGAGGCAGUAGGCUACUUUUACUUGGUCUUGAUCUUCUUUGUCUUUUGGGCUGUCACUUUGGGCUUUGUCAUUGCAUCUGUUGCUGAGAACCCUACCAUGGCUGCUGUGAUCAACCCACUUGUCAUCUCCAUGCUCAUCUUGUUUGCUGGUUUUAUGCAGCCUGAGAAGGCAAUGCCUCGCUUCUGGAGCAGCUGGAUGUACUGGCUUAAUCCGUUCCACUACUUUAUCGAAGGUCUGGCUACUAACGAACUAUCGCACAUCAAUGUGCAUUGCACUGACAAGGAUCUACUCAAGUUCCUCCCUCCUCCUAAUCAAACAUGUCGAGACUAUACCAAUAACUUCUUUUCGUACGGAGCUCCUGGUUAUAUUGACAAUCCAGACGCUGUUCAGCCUGAAUUGUGUGGUUACUGUUCCUUCAAUAGUGGCGAGGAAUUCUACUCGACUACAUUUGGCUGGAGUGCUGCACACAAGUGGAGAAACUUGGGCAUCAUUAUCGCUUUCUUUGUAUUCAAUGUAUUCUGCUUUGGCGCUUUGGUGUACUGGAAGCGUAAGGGAAGACGUUAG